AUGGUGUCUUUGGCACUUGAAUUGGUCGGCGUCAUUCUGGCAGUGCUCGGCUGGGUGCUGAGUGUGGUCAGCUGCGCCCUGCCGAUGUGGAGGGUCUCAGCCUUCAUUGGCUCCAACAUUGUCACAGCUCAGGUGUACUGGGAGGGCCUGUGGAUGAACUGUGUGUUCCAGAGCACGGGGCAGAUGCAGUGUAAGGUCUACGACUCCAUGCUGGCUUUACCCCAGGACCUGCAGGCCGCCAGGGCGCUCACCAUCGUGUCCAUAAUUGUGGGGGUGUUGGCUCUCCUCAUCUCUGUGGUGGGAGCAAAGUGCACCAACUGCAUGGAGGAUGAAGGGGUUAAAGCCAGAGUAAUGGCCGCCGCAGGUGGAUCGUUCAUCACAGCAGCUCUGACCCAGCUGGUGCCUGUUUCCUGGUCCGCACACACCAUCAUAAUUGAGUUCUACAGUCCGCUCAUCCUCUCUGGUCAGAAGAUGGAGAUCGGGGCGGCGCUGUAUCUGGGCUGGGCCGCCGCGGCCUUGCUGCUGACUGGAGGGUCCAUCCUCUGUUGCAGUUGCCCUCCACAGGAAGAGAAACUAGCGAGGUACAGCGUGCACCCCCAGAGUCGUAUAGCAUAUUCCGCCGCACCGAGGUCAAACGUUCCAAGCUCCUACAACAGGAGGGACUACGUGUGA